GCGCAAUCACUGACUGACAGUAACAGCAAAGAUGGCGUCAGCAGCUGAUAUCGAGCAGAUGAACAAGGUCCGUAUCUCGCUGGGCAUAGCGCCGUUGCCAGUGCCUGGCGGCGACGGACCACAGUUCAAGAGCGGUGAGGACAGUGGCAGCGAUGCUGAAGACAGCGAUGACUUGAGCACCCUCGAGAAGCGCGCUGCAGCAGCAGGUAAGAACUGGGAGAAGCAUGAGGCAGAGCAGAGGGAGAAACAAGAGCGGCAGAAGCGGAAGGAUGCCAUGAAGAAGGCUCGUGAUCAGGCUGCUCGAUUUGCCAAAUUGGAGGGCAAAGGGUUGGGAGAGGACGAUGGCGAAGAAGUGGAUACGAGAACCUGGUUGCUGCAACAGAAAAAGCGACAGAAGAAGAUCGAGAAAGCACGGAAACUGGAAGAGGAGCUGGCGGCGCGGGAACAGCAGGCCGAGUACACUGCGCGUGAUCUUGCUGGUGUAAAGGUCGGCCACGAGGCUACUGAGUUUGACGAACUCACCGGCGAGCAAGUGCUCACUCUCAAGGAUCAAGAAAUUGGCGAUGACAGCGAGGACGACGAACUAGAGAAUGCGGAUCUGAAGGCGAAGGAGAAGCUGGAAGAAAAGCUACGACUGUUGAAGAAGCGUCCCGAUUACGAUCCAACUGAGCAAGAUGGCACACAAAACUUGUUGUCCAAGUACGACGAAACCAUCGACGGGAGGCAACAAAAGCGUUUCACGCUUGAUGGAAGCGGCGUCAGCAUCGAGGCUCGACGUAAAGUUGCAGCGGAGGAAUCUGGCGGUACAAGCAAGGGAGUGAAAAUCAGCCUUGACAUUCUCAAGGACGACGCCCCGACCUCCGAUUACGUUGACCCAUCCACAAUUAAAGUCAAGAAGCCCAAGAAGAGCAAGAGGGAGAAAAAGACACGACAGAAAGCCGUUGAUGAGGAUGACGUCGUGCCUCCCACAUCAACAGAGCAGCCGGAAGACUCAAUGGAUGUCGAUGGUGAUCAACCACAGGGCGCGUCUUCCAGCGCAAAGAAGCGAGCAUUCGAUUUCGACGAUGACGACGAUCUUCAGGCAAGGCUUGCUGCUACCCGUAGAGAAGCUCUGAAGAAGAGAAAGAAGACCGAUGCCACAGAGAUCGCCCGACGAAUGCGAGAGGAGAUGCCUAUCGAUGAGCCUGAUCAGGAGGAAGGCGGUCUCGUCAUUGACGAGACAUCUGAAUUCGUGGCCAACCUGAAGAGGCCGGAGGAGCUGCAGGAGGAACGUUCACGCAAAGCCCGAACGCCGGACGAGGUCACUCAUGACCAAGAAGCUGACGAUGAUGGCGACGUUAAGAUGGAGUCUUAUGCCGACGCCGAAGAGGCUCAAGAACGCGCGCAACGAGAGAAUUCCGAGGCUUCCAGACCUGUUGACCUCACGACGACUGGUCUCGAAGAAGAGGAGAACAUGAUCGGACAAGGUAUUGGCGCCUCACUGGCCAUGCUGCGCAAGCGCGGAUUGAUCGACAAUGCCGAUGCGGACCAGAAGGCCGAGAGGGAGCGACGGCGGGCCCAAUUCCUAGCAGACAAGCAGCACCUGAUCGAUGAAUAUGAUCGCAAAGCCAAGGAACAGCGUGAAGCUGAUCGUCGCAGUGGUCGCUUCGAUAAAAUGAGCAACCGAGAGCGCGAUGCGCUUGCUCGCCAACAGAACGAGCAAAGGGAGCAAUUUAUCGCGCGUCUGUUGGCUGACAAGUUCAACAAGGAAUACAGGCCAGACGUCAAGUUGCAGUACCACGAUGAAUUUGGACGCGAGAUGAAUCAAAAGGAGGCCUUCAAACACCUGAGCCACGCAUUCCAUGGCAAGGGCUCAGGCAAGCAAAAGACCGAGAAGAAGCUCAAGAAAAUUGAAGACGAGAAGAAAAAUGCAUCAAAGGGCAUUCUCAACAUCUCCGACGAGGCCGGCUUCUCGAACGUGGGACAAGCGCAAGGGAAGAGGCAGAAGACGGCUGGUGUGCGCUUACAAUGAUUGCCUUUGCUGGGAGAAUGGAAGGUUUCUAUUGGACAGGUUAGUAAGCACCAACCAUGCACAUUCUGCGUCGCAGAUAUUCAUCACGAAUUGUUACAGUAUCACGAACCAUCACGAGCCCAAGUCGUAAGGUGAGUUUUCUUCUCUUUACCUGUCGGUUCUGCACGAAACGUGACACAAGUGAUGCUCUGAGUAAUCCAGCCAGCGCGAAUUUCGGCCCUGGCAAACGACGUCUUGAGCGUUUCCCCGACGCGCACUCUUGUCCAUACCCCGUAGCAAUACUGUUGGCCACAGAGUGAUCCAGCAGCUCACCGUAGUCUGUGUUGGGUAGAGUGAAGUAGAGGUAAGCAACGAGGCAUAGCAUGAAUAGCCACAAAUGCGGCCGAAGUAUGACCUGGGCGGAGGUCAGGAGUAGGAC